GUUGCUUUCCGAACCGUGUGAGUUUUUAAGUGAACGUCCGAAAAUAUCUGGAACCUUGGUGGACUCUACAAUUUGGCGCAGUCGGUACGAUUUCAUGAUGGAUUCGGAAAACUAUUUCCAAUUGGACCCGUUCAACGAUGCCGCUGAUGCUUCCAACCUACGACGGGAAUGGGAGGAAUGGCAUCGUGCUUGUGAAAUUGUUCUGGAGUUGAAGAAAAUUGAUUCGCAGCACGAAAAGCUUUUGUUCAUGCUGGCUCGAGGCGGCAGAGGACUACAGCGAAUUUAUUACCAUCUCGCACCGGUGGCUGGUGAGAUUCAUCCGGAGCCCGUGAAAGUUCCGCUGGCACCAACUAUUAUUCCUGAGUAUGACAACGCCGUCAAGCGUCUCAACGCAUUUUUUGUUGGAAAACGUAACGAGAGGGUGGAGCUGGAGGUGUUCCGAUCACUUCGGCAAACAUCUGGAGAAUCUUUCAAUCGAUACAUUUUGAGACUGCGUACACAGGCCGCGUGUUGUGAUUUCCGUGAUCGCGAGGAAAAGAGUUGUUGCAGCAGAUUACCGUUGGUGCCAUUGACGAGAGAGUGCGAGACAAAGGCCUCGAAGGAACGAUGGGUUUGGAUGAACUAGUAAAUUACGCUAUCAAUCGUGAAGUAUUACUGAAGCAGAAGGAGAAAGUACACCUGUUUAGAUCGGAACCGGAAGCCGGUGCGAUGGCAUUAAUCAAACAGAAUUGGGAGAGAAAGACAAUGUCAAGAUGCGGAGCGCCCACACAGAAGCUCAAGCGAGAGCGGAAGUGGGAACGUAGCAGUCGUGAUGCUGCUGAAUGCAGUCGUUGUGGUUCAUGGCGGCAUAAUCGCGAAUCGAAGGAAUGCAUUGCAAGAAAUGCCACUUGCAACAAGUGCGGACGUUCAGGCCACUUUGCAAGGAAGUGUGAUGCUGGUCAAUACGUUGGUCGUUUUUCGUGGAAGAAAACAGAAGCGGCCAAUUCAUUGCGAGGUGCUCGACAGGAUGGAAGUGGUCCUGAAUUUGGAACGAGAUACCAGGGUCGUCAUGAAGAUAACGGAUCAACAAAGGUAGAAUAAGUUUAUUUUUUUAUUUUUUUGGUCUAAUAUAUCAUUCAAUAUUUCAUUGGUUUCACUAAUAAUUCGAUCAUUUAAGUAAUAACGAAAACAAUUCGUGAUAAAGAUGUUGUGUUGUAUCAACUUCUAUGAAUGAAUAAAUAUGCGUUAUUAACUUGUUGUAAUUAUCUGAUUGUUAGGUGAAUUCGAACGAUGGAACUAUAAUAGGAUUUAUUGAUCAUUUUCAAGUGAAAUUUCUAAUUGACUCUGGAGCAAUGAUUAAUACAGUUACGGAAGAAGUCUGGGUGAAUCUGAGGACUACCAAUGCCAAGCUUUUCAAAAAGAAAUUUCAAUGCAAUCGUCAAUUCACAGCGUAUGCGUCUGAGGAACCUCUACGGGUGUUGGCCAUCUUUGAAGCUUGGAUAACAAUCAAUGAAACGAAACCCAAAAACUAUGCCGAGUUUUUCGUGAUCCAAGGAGCUCAAAGAUGUCUGCUCAG